AUGUCUCUACGAUCUAGACCCCAGAACUUCCAGCACUUUAAUGUCUCCUUUCCCCACGAGCGAGUUGUCCAGGUGACUUUGACACGGACAGAAAAACUCAAUUCCAUCACCAAAGCUACCAGCCGAGAGAUCCAAGAGAUCUGGGAACUCUUCGAUCAGGAUGAAAGCCUAUGGGUUGGGAUCAUUACUGGCUCCGGAAGAGCUUUCUGUACUGGUGCUGAUCUUCACGAGUGGAAUGAGAUGAACAAAUCCGGCAUCGUCAACGACAUGUCAGCACCGGGCCUUGCCGGACUACCCCGCCGGAGGGGUAAGAAGCCGAUUAUCGCAGCCGUCAAUGGCAUUUGCAUGGGCGGCGGAUUUGAGAUGGUGGCGAAUUGCGAUCUCGUAAUAGCAUCCUCGUCCGCAAUCUUCUCUCUUCCCGAAAUCAAGCGCGGGAUCGUGCCGGUGGCAGGAUGCCUUCCACGGCUAACUCAAACGAUUGGGCUACAUCGUACCACGGAUCUUGUACUAACGGGAAGGAACGUGAGCGCCCAGACUCUGUAUGAAUGGGGACUCGUCUCUCGAGUGGUGGAUUCGCCGGAUGAUGUUGCGCAGGCCGCUCUACAGGUUGCUCAAGCAAUGUGCCAAAACAGCCCCGACGCUCUCAUUGUCGGCCGGGAAGGGAUUCGACUUAGCUGGGAAUCAGGCAGCGUGGAAGAUGCCGUAUCGACGCUAGCGGAUGCAUGGUAUCCUCGAUUGGUCGCUGGUCGCAAUUUCGCCGAAGGUAUCCAAGCGUUUGUGGAGAAACGAGCACCAAAUUGGAUCAAUUCCAAGCUGUGA